GAUGAAUUUGACUGUAGUAGGCAUAUAUAAACAUAUACAAGGCGAUGUAAGUUUCAUGCGGCACCGUAAACAUGUCUGUGCGCGAUUAUUCAUGUAUAGGUACGAAAUGUUUUCUGUGUUGAUAUACGACAUAGCCUCAGCUUACUUCGUUGUGUAGCAGACUGAGGGAAUUUAUUUGAACAUAAAACGUCAUUUCAUCCAGAAAGAUUCUAUGACGCAGUUGUUGAUUUGAAUCAAAGAAGAUCUCAAUUUUUUCGCUUUAAAAGAAAAUCAAAGUAAACUUGACCGAGAAAUUGAAACAUUUUUUAUGCAAAGCCGUUCUGAUUGUUAGUAUCAAUUGCAGUUAGUUUUUUUGGUCCAAGGUUCAGAAAGGAACAUCAGUUUAUUGAAUUGUCGUUUCAAAACGAAAUCAAAAUGUCUUUUUAUCGGCGUAGAGGAAAAAGUGCAAAGCAAAAGUAUGUUGAAAAUCGGCGACUUUUUAAUCGGUUGUUACACGAGCAUUACGAGAAUGACGAAGAAAUUCCGCCGAAAAAGCCGAAAUUGACGCCAAAGCCAAGAGCCGUUCGAACUCCGAAGCCAAAAGACGCCGAAAGUCAAACGCCGAAAGCCAAACGGUCAAAGAAAGUGUUGACGCCAAAGAUUGAAGGGAAAACACCGAAAGUCAAACGGUCAAAGAAAGUGUUGACGCCAAACAUUGAAGAGCAAACACCGAAAGCCAAUUUCAUGGAUAUGAACAAUGACUGCAUUCGUGAAAUCAUGGUAUAUUUGGAUGAAAACGAUUUAUGCUCGUUGAGCACACAAUGCCAACGACUGCGAAAUCUGACAAAAUGUGAACUAUUCCGUCGUUUUCCAAAUGAACCAGCAAAAAUCGAAAGAUUUGAAGAAAAUGGUUAUUGGUUUCGCUAUCCCGGUGUCGACAAAUUCAUCGUUUGCUUUGCUCAAUUUAACAAACUUUCGAUUGGCAAUGCAGUGUCAAAUGUCCAAUCGAUUGAAAAUUUGUACGAAUAUCUACAAGCCAAAGAACACAGUCGCAUUGAUGAAAUCCAUUUCGAAGGCUGUCGCAACAUACGACCAACACACGGCCGAGCAAUGGCCAAAAUGGUUGAACAAACAAAAUCGGUCACAUUCAAUCGACUCAAAAUUACUGGCGAAUUUUAUAAGUCGAUGCUGUGCCAUUUUCCAUCGAUGGAAAAUUUGGUACUUCGAAACUCGUUCGAUAUGGUGUGUGAAGAAGGCGCACACAGCAAUUGGUUGAAAGAAAUAUAUCCGAACUUGAAAAACUUUUCAUGGUUUGUCGAUGAAGAAAUUGAAGUUACCGAUGAAUUGAAGUUGUUCUUCGAACAGAACAAGACAAUCAAACAUUUUUCGCUGUACACACGACGAAUUGAAACGCUAAAACAAUUGGAAGCAGCUGACAUCAAAAUCACGCAUCUAUAUUUUCGAAUCACACACAAUGUUGAACAAAAACUGCUGUAUUUCCAAACGAUGUGUGACAAUUAUCAAUCGCUACAACUUCAUUUGAUGUUCGAAGAUCGAUGCCGAUCGGAAUUAACAUCGCAUAUCAAGCUGUUCAGUACAUUGAAAACGAAUCUGCGAGGUUUGUAUUUGGAUGGCCUUCCGCCAUCUGUAAAACUGGCCGAACUCAUCGCUGGAUGUGUUGACCUGAGAGAUCUUCAAGUACGACAUUGCAAAGUGAUUGAUCAAUUUGCUGAUUUACCAAUGUUGGAGAACGUUUACGUUUCGCGAGGUAUGGUUGAAGGUACACAAGAAAGCAUCUACAAUAUGAUCUACCAAUUUGCUACCCAAGCACCGAAUUUGAAGAACUUGUUCUUCCGCAACAGCUGUCGUUUAUUUGAAAGCUUUAAUUUCAGAGCUAUUAACAAUAAGCGGUCCCAACUAGAAGGCGCCACAGAAAUGACUUUCCACGUUCGAACAAAGUCCAAAGAUCGUAUUAAUGAAUUGUCAAACAUGCAGGUACAUUAUGACAUGCUGAACAUCAAAAUAACUGACCGCGAAUCAUUGCCAAAUCCUUUGACUACCGAUUGGCUCUAUACCCAUUAAAACAACAACAACACAUCUUCUGUUCCGUUUUUGUUCCGUUGAAAUUUUGAAAAAAAAAAAAAAA